AUGGCGUCGACCUCCGGUACACGUGCUCGUUCAAGUGCCGUUUUUAGUGGAAAUAGCAGUUCAAGUUCUGAUUUUUCUGAGGAUAGUGAUGACAGUUGUGCCGACAAAGACUUUGUACCAAGUAAUGAUAAUACAUCGUCAGAUUCUACAGAGGAUGAAUCGCAAGAGAAUUUCACUAGACUUAGCAGGGGUAAAGAGGAGUCUCCAGAGACACCGAAGCCGACAAGAUGGAGACAUCGGGAUAAAGAAAACCAUGAACGAAACAAAAGAAAAAGGAGACGCAAUUCGGGACAUCAAUAUACGGCGACAAAAACUAAGAAGAUUAUCAAUGCGCGUGAAAUUGGUUUGCCUUGUGACUGUAAAAAUAGAUGCAGGGAGAAAUUGCAAGGUAACCAUGAGCAAUUGUUUACAAAAUUUUGGGAUUUGGGUUCAUUCGAUCUCCAAAAUAGCUAUCUGUUUGGUUGUAUAAGAGCAAAAAAUAAGAAAAGGUCAUACAAGAAAAAACAAAAGAAUAAUGUUUCCAGAAGAAAGUUUACGGCUGAUUAUUUGGUUAAUAUAGGAGACGAAGAAAUAAAAAUAUGCAAAACCGAAUUCUUGAGUGUUCACGGUCUUCAAAAAUCUCGGGGAAGAGUUGAAAGGAUUCUUAAAAUAAAGGCAGGAGGGGCUAUGGUUCCUAAACCUGAUAUGCGUGGCAAACACAAUAAUAGACACAAUAGAUAUUCGGACGAACAAAUUCAAUCUGUUAAAACUCAUAUUGAAUCAAUACCUAAAUAUCAAAGCCACUACAGCAGAGCCAAAAAUAUCGGUAAGCUAUAUCUGAACUGCGAUAUGACUAUUACUGGACUGUAUACAGAUUUCUAUGUGCCCUGGUGUAGGGAACAAAAUAUCAGUCCAGUUAAAGAGAGCGCUUACAGAAAAAUAUUCUGUACUCAAUAUAACAUAGGAUUCAAACUACCAAAAUCGGAUACCUGCAAGACCUGCGAUGAGACGGGUAUUAAAAUAAAGGCGGCAAAGGAAGCUAACAAUAUAGAGCUAGAAAAAGAGCUAACUACAUUUUUGAACCUGCACCAGGCUAGAGCUGACGCAAUGCAAAAAUUGCUCAAAAGUGAAAUAGACACACCUGAUAAAAAAAAAUUAGUAAUCUCUUUUGAUUUGCAACAAAGUAUGCCACUUCCAAAACUAACAACUGGACCUGCAUUUUACUGCCGAAAGAUUUGGCUUUAUAACCUAGGAAUUCACGAUUGCACAAAUAAGAAAGGUUUCAUGUAUUUGUGGACUGAAGAUCAGGCUAAGCGCGGAGCUGAUGAAGUUACUUCUGUUCUAAUGAAAUUUUUAGAAACUAAAUUAGAUUAUGAUGAACUUGUUAUUUUUACUGAUAACUGCCCGGGUCAGAAUAAGAACUGGCAGAUGAUGGCAUUUUGGUUGCAGUUAGUAAAGGAAAAAAAGUUUAAAAAAAUAACACAUCACUUUCUUGUUAGCGGUCAUUCCGUUAUGCCGUCAGACAGAGAUUUUGCUCUGAUCGAAAAACGCCAGAGACACCGGGCUCCAGUGAUUUAUUCACCAGAAGGUUGGCUAGAUAUUAUUGAAAAAGCAAAUAAAAAAAACCCUUUUGUUGUUACAAAAAUGACACAAAAAGAUUUUUUUUCUUUUGAGCCUUUACUAACUAAUAUCAACAAAAAAGCACGUUUUCCUGACAAGCAGAAUUUAGAAUUUGCAGGAACGUACAGUUUUCUUUUUAAGUCAGAAAAUGUUGGGUCAUUUUUCGUUAAAAGUACAGUCAAUGGCGAGUACAGGGAAAUUAAUGUUUUAAAACAAGGUAGACCUGCAAUGAUAAGCUUGUCAGAUAUUAAACUUAAAUACAACGAGCCAGUAAAAAUUGCAGAAAAAAAAAUUAAAAAUAUACACACAUUAUUGCCUUAUAUACCGCCAGCCUACCAUGCAUUUUAUACGCAACUAAAUGUUGCUGUUAAUGAUUUAGACGAAGAGGUUGAAAUCUUAGAUGAGUAG